GGCUGAGGGGGGAAGAUUGUUUGGAAUUAACAUAAUUAUUAAUGGUUUACCUUUUUUGGUAUUUUAAAUUUAAAACAGGUGAGAAGCACAAAUAGUCUAUUCCAUAUUUUAAGAGGAACACAAGAAUUGUGUUGAUGUUCCUUAUGGCUUUGAAACUUUACAAAGUAACAAACUAAACUAGUACUAUACUUUUACCAUAUUUAAACCUAUUCAUCCUUCAUUGUUUUGUACCAAUUAACAAAACUCAAACAAGAAGAAAAAUUAGCUAAUAUAACUUUUAUAUCAUUGCACAUUCUUUGCACCUCUUUUAGGAUCAACUUUUUAUUAAAGACACUCAAGUUUUCAGGUCCUUUAUAGCUUUUAUAGAUAAACCUCAAAAGUAGGUGAUCCUUUUUAGUGAUUGCAGGAAAUUUUGAUGAUGAAAGGGUUAUUUGAGGAGCAAGAGCAACCAUCUCCUGACCUGUCGAAUUAUGCAUCGACAAGUGGUGAAUGUAAAGAUGAUCAAGAAAUGGGAACUAAUCAUCAUGCAAUGUCAAAAAGUGUUGUGUUGAAUAGCCCUACCUUUAGCUGCUUAUCAAGGGGAAUGGAUGCAAAUUUCGCACGUGCGGUUGUGGCAGAGAUGGUUGGGACAUUUAUUUUGGUAUUCUGUGUAUGUGCUAUCAUAGCAAGCACCCAGAAGAUUAAAGGAGAUGUGGGUCUGUUGGAGUAUGCAAGCACAGCAGGUUUAACAGUAAUAGUUUUGAUCUUCUCAAUAGGCUCCAUUUCUGGUGCUCAUGUCAAUCCUGCUGUUACUAUAGCCUUCGCAAUCUUCGGCCAUUUCCCUUGGCCCAAGGUCCCACUUUACAUAUUUGCACAAACCGUUGGUUCGAUAUUGGCAACAUAUAUAGGGACGCUUGUUUACAACAUCAAAGCCGAUUUGAUGAUCACAAGACCCCUACAAGGCUGCGUUGCAGCCUUUUGGGUUGAGCUUAUAGCAACUUUCAUUAUUAUGUUCUUGGUAGCCUCAUUAACUUGUCACGCUCAAUCUAUGGGCUAUUUAUCUGGUUUUGUAGUUGGUAUUGCUAUUGGACUAGCUGUGCUAAUCACAGGACCUGUUUCUGGUGGGUCGAUGAAUCCAGCAAGGUCAAUGGGAGGUGCAAUAGUUUCAUGGAAUUUUAGUGACAUUUGGAUAUAUAUUAGUGCCCCAACAAUAGGAGCUGUGGGGGGUGCUCUCUUAUUUCAGUUUCUGAGGGUUCAGAGUGGGCCUUGUAGCACAGCUGCCUCAACUCAAACUUGCCUACUCACUCAGUCAUUAGGCUUUAGACCAACUUAAAUUAAAUUUAUUCAUUAAUUAAUUAUUAAUUUUAUGGACAAAUUUGUGUAUUGCUGUGGUUGUUGGAUGCCAUGCCUAAAUACUAGUUCAAUUUAAUGAAGAAGGAUGUGUUGAGACAAAA